GAAGGAGGGCCAACUCUCCGCAUUUUGAGCCUCAUCCUAAAAUCCAAAAACCAAACAUCAAGCACCAACAACCAUGGAUUUACCCGACACCACAGAAAUGACUACAACAACACAAAACCUCAAUCUGUUGGACCUUCCAUCAGAACUACACAUCCAAAUCGCCUCAUUCCUAUCUUAUCCUGAUGCCCUCGCCCUGAAGCACUCCUGCCGCCACUUCUACUCCAUGGUUUACACAGGCGUACACCUAAAAGUGAACUGGCUGGUCGAGCGCUUUGAACGAAAACUCGAAUGUCCCAUGGAGAAAUGCUCUUUCCGAACUGACGAGGCCUUUUGCAACUGGCGAAUCCGUCGUAUCAUGGAGCGGCGCCGACAGCAUCUAGAAUGUCGGCGUGCACCUGGGGGCUGCUGGGUUGUUGAGGGCCAAACUUGUCACACAGAUCUUGUUCCGUUGUGGUUGAAGGGACAAGGGCCGAGGAGAGUUGUCAGGUCACUGACGACGCUGGUGCAUGAAGCAUUGCUGAUCUGCUUUUUUGCAAUGUUGUUGGAGGGACUAUGGCGUCUUACGAAAAAUCAAGUCGUAAAUUGGCUGGCGCAUCAAGCGGUGGCUGACUGGUGCGCCUCGUUGAUUCUGAAUUAAUGAAGGCGACAUCGCAAUCGCUCUAGUUUGAGCACGACCAUUUUUGAGACAGGAUGCAGAGCCAUAAGUCUUCUUAUAUGAGCUAUCGAGCAAUCAUCAUUACGAUUCAACUGUUAUUUUAUCAUCAGCGACGAUACCAUCGAGCAACGAGUGAUGCUUUCGCAUCUAUUUCAGUACCAGCUUGGCAUGUGCCAUGGGGAAUUUCAAGCCCCGAAGAUGGAAAGAGGACUCAACAAGGUAUCUGCGACCAAAGAAGUCUUUCUUGGGUUCAUACAAUCAUGCCAGAUGGGCACUACUUAUUUAAUGUAUAAUUAAAGUUCCAUGGGUUCGUGCAAACACCCUCGGGAUGGGAAGAUCAAGCUAAGGCCCACACAGCCAGAGAGCCGAUCGCAAAUCGAUCAGAUCGAGUUUAUGCAAUGACCAAAUCUUGAAUAAAGCCC